GGGACCCGGCCUGAGGCCUGGAUUGAGACCUGGGGUGGACAGCGGCUCCCAGCAGAAACGGGGCGGGCGCGAACAGGUUAACACAGAAAUCAGCCUCCUGGGCCAUGCCGUUUCUAAGACCUGUUUCUUAUUAUGAGUCUCCGCAGAAGAGAAAUGGGCCAGUCCUCACAAUGGAUGAUAUCCUCUGCCUGAACAAAAGAUGGGAUAGUAUCUGGGAUCUGUCCAUCAUCAGACUCUGAGCUUAAUAAGGCAGCUGAAUGAAGGGAUGUAACAGACUCCAGAGAGGGACACUGAAGCCUCCAGUGGGGGGGGAGGGGCCUGGACACACCCCUUCCCCCCCAGACUCCUCCCCUUCAGGGUCCACUCAGCCAUGGACUUUGGACCGGGAUAAGAGGAGAGAAGCUGCAGUUUGUUUGGUGGAUCUGUUUUGGGAUUCUUAGUUGUGGCAAUGUGGAGUGUUGCAUGGAGGUUUGAUAUCUCCAGGGGAGCAGCUGAAAGAGGAGUAAAGGUGCAUGGCUUAUUCCUAAUCCGGUAGCCCAGAGGAAGCAUCCCUAGGACUGGGUGAGUGAGCCAGGCAAGCCAAGGGCAGCCUUGAGCCCUCCCCUUGCCUGCGCUCCCCCGUGGGGGCCAGGAUGCUGAAGAAGCAGUCUGCAGGGCUUGUGCUGUGGGGCGCUAUCCUCUUUGUGGCCUGGAAUGCCCUGCUGCUCCUUUUCUUCUGGACACGCCCAGCGCCUGGCAGGCCACCCUCGGACAGUGCUCUUGAUGAUGACCCUGCCAGCCUCACCCGAGAAGUAAUUCGCUUGGCCCAAGAUGCUGAGGUAGAGUUGGAGCGCCAGCGGGGGCUGUUGCAGCAGAUCAGGGAGCACCAUGCUCUAUGGAGUCAGCGCUGGAGGGUGCCCACUGCGGCCCCUCCAGCCCAGCCACGUGUGCCUGUGACCCCACUGCCAGCAGUGAUCCCUAUCCUGGUCAUCGCCUGUGACCGCAGCACUGUCCGGCGCUGCCUAGACAAGCUGCUGCACUAUCGGCCCUCGGCUGAGCACUUCCCCAUCAUAGUCAGCCAGGACUGUGGGCACGAGGAAACAGCCCAGGUCAUUGCUUCCUAUGGCAGUGCAGUCACGCACAUCCGCCAACCCGACCUGAGCAACAUUGCUGUACCGCCUGACCACCGCAAGUUCCAGGGCUACUACAAGAUCGCCCGGCACUACCGCUGGGCGCUGGGCCAGAUCUUCCAUGAGUUCAAGUUCCCAGCAGCUGUGGUGGUGGAGGAUGAUCUAGAGGUGGCCCCGGACUUCUUCGAGUAUUUCCAGGCCACCUACCCACUGCUGAGGGCUGAUCCCUCCCUCUGGUGUGUAUCUGCCUGGAAUGACAAUGGCAAGGAGCAGAUGGUGGACUCGAGCAAGCCCGAGCUGCUCUACCGCACGGACUUCUUCCCUGGUCUGGGCUGGCUGCUGUUGGCUGAGCUCUGGGCUGAGCUGGAGCCUAAGUGGCCCAAGGCCUUCUGGGAUGACUGGAUGCGCCGGCCCGAGCAGCGGAAGGGGCGGGCCUGUAUACGCCCUGAAAUCUCAAGAACGAUGACCUUUGGCCGCAAGGGUGUGAGCCACGGGCAGUUCUUUGACCAGCACCUCAAGUUUAUCAAGCUGAACCAGCAGUUCGUGCACUUCACCCGGCUGGACCUGUCAUACCUGGGGCGGGAAGCCUACGACCGGGAUUUCCUUGCCCGUGUCUAUGGUGCUCCCCAGCUGCAGGUGGAGAAAGUGAAGACCAAUGAUCGGAAGGAGCUGGGGGAGGUGCGGGUGCAGUACACAGGCAGGGACAGCUUCAAGGCCUUUGCCAAGGCCCUGGGUGUCAUGGAUGACCUCAAGUCCGGGGUCCCCAGGGCUGGCUACCGGGGCAUUGUUACCUUCCAGUUCCGGGGCCGCCGUGUCCACCUGGCCCCUCCGCAGACCUGGGAUGGCUAUGAUCCCAGCUGGAAUUAGCAGUACCUGACUGUCCCUCCUGGGCCCCUUCCUUGCCGUAUCAUGAGCUGAGAUGGGACCACAGUCCUCGGGGUUACAUUGUCCUGUCUGUGUUUCCUUCUUGGGUCCAUUCAUCUUUUUUUCUUUGAGUGGCAUUCGAGUGCACAGAUGAUAACGUGAGGAUUAUUCUCUCGUUCUCAAGGGAGUCAGACCAGGGGAACCAUUCUAGGGUCUAUUGGAGGGUGUUAAGCAAGAAACCACUGUGUGGUAGGGGACGGUUGGCUUUUUUGGGACCAGAAAUGUCCAUGUCCUGAGCUUUCUCUGGGGGCAUCUGCAGAGACAUUGGCAACUUCACCCCUCGUGACCAGGCCCCUCUCCCUGACUGGCUCUUGCAGCCAGGGCAUGAGUCCUUCUCUUCUACCUGUGUCCUUUCUCCCCUUCUCCCAGUUGGGGCCGUGGGUUAUGGGAGAAGGGGGCAUAUUUGUGGCCAAAAUGAGACUAACCAAAAGGGCUUCCUUGUCAGGGCCAGGGUGGCGUUGUCUCCUUAUCCUUGACCCCUGCCCAGCCCUUCUUUCCCUGCAGCCUAGCAGUUUGUGGUUCUAAGACGGAAAGUUGAAGGGGAAAAGCAAGACCUCCUCAGCUCAUGUUCAGCUGUUGGGGGAGAGGUGGUGGAAGGAAGGCCUCAGGCUGGGACAGCUGCUCCCUCAUCUUGCUCAGAGAGACACUGUACCCCUUCUUUCUGAAAAUUGGUCCCCUCCCUGUUGCUUUAGGAGGGUUCCGUGCCGUGCCGGCUUGGUGGAAGACGGAGUUUAGCUCCAUGUGCCCCUUUUUUCCCCUGGGGUUUGGUGCACAGGCUACUCCCUGAGGGCUGUGGCUCUCAUGGCCUCUCAUGGUGAGGGAGAGCAGCCAAGACCUGGAAGACUUGGCCCUGGCUGCCGCCCGCGCUCGGCCUUCCUCGUGUCCUCACAGGCCAAGGUACACACAGCAGGUUGGAGGGGAAUUUGUGUGUUUUUGUUUGUUGCCUGACCUCAGUUUCAUGGAAAAAAGUGGAAGCUACAGAAUUAUUUUGAAAAAUAAAGGCUGAAUCGUCUGAA